AUGAUGGGUAAGGUGGUGCCAGCAACUCCUGAACAUGCAAGCUUGACUCAGUCGCAGGGUCCUAGUCCUAGCUUUCUUGGCGCGCGGGGUCUGAGACAACUUGGAGGCGUUUGGCCAAAGGUUGGGCAGUACAUGAGCAUCCAGGGCGAGUGGCCCGACGUCCUGGCGCGGGGAAGCUGCACGACGUCCCCUCAAAGAGACGACGCGACCAUCCAGGACCAUCCAGGACCAGUUGUUUGCACCCAGGGGACAUGGCGUCGACUGGUUUGUCUUCACCGUUGCAAAGCUCCCAGCGUUUGGGUGCAUUUCAAAACCCUACGAAGUGGAAAAGGAGAGGCCAGGGCUGCAAUCCAGUUGGCAGUCCGCAAAGAUCAGGAACAGCCGGAGAUUGCUGAGGACACAACUACUGCUGUUUUUGGUUUGUCAAUCUGUGGAGCACUGCUGUGCUUGUCACGCAAUACGAAUGACAUGAGUCAAAGCAUUUGCCCUCCGCAGGCUGUGGAGGACUCGUUACAAGACUUCAAGCUCGCCAAGCUCGCACGGCGCCGCGCAGAAGUCCUGAGCGGAGGCAACAAGCGGAAGCUCUCUGCCGCGUUGGCCUUGAUGGGCUCUCCGUCCUUGGCCAUCUUGGACGAGCCCAGCUGUGGCUUAGAUCCAGCCGCACGACGUGCACUUUGGACCGGAAACACAAACGAGAUCAAAAUGUUCAGAUGA